AUGGGCUUUGAUCUUGAAUCUGUAGCAGAGGCAACAUCAGGGGCCAUUGGAGCUUUGGUUAGCACCACCAUCUUGUACCCACUUGAUACCUGCAAGACCAAGUAUCAAGCUGAAGUCCGAGCUCACCAUCAGCAGAAGUACAGGAACAUUUCUGAUGUUUUAUGGGAAGCAAUUUCUACCCGUCAGGUGCUUUCUUUAUACCAGGGCCUUGGGACAAAGAACUUCCAGUCCUUUAUUUCACAGUUCAUCUACUUCUAUGGAUACAGUUUUUUUAAGAGGUUAUACUUGGAGAAAAGUGGAAAUAAAACCAUGGGAACUAAAGCAAACUUGAUAAUUGCAGCCGCUGCCGGGGCUUGCACAGUGAUAGUGACACAGCCCUUGGAUACAGCAUCCUCAAAGAUGCAGACAAGUGAGUUUGGGAAAUCCAAAGGACUCUGGAAGACUCUUUCAGAGGGAACUUGGAUUGAGGCAUUUGAUGGUCUUGGCAUAUCCCUUCUUUUGACAUCUAACCCAUCUAUCCAGUACACUGUAUUUGAUCAGCUGAAACAAAGACUGUUGAGGGGGCAGCUGAGCAAAAGAACAGGUACAGAGUCAUCUCCAGAAGCUCUUUCUGCCUUCUCUGCUUUUGUAUUGGGUGCUGUCUCAAAGUGUAUUGCAUCCUGCUUGACUUACCCAGCCAUCAGGUGCAAGGUCAUGAUUCAAGCAGCAGAAGAAGAUGAAGAAGGUAACAAGGAAGCUCAAAACGGAUCUAAAAAAUCCAAAAAGACAAUUUCAGGGAUUACAGGCCCAGAUACUAAAAACUGUGCUAAGCUCGGCAUUGCUUUUGAUGAUAAAGGAAAAGAUCACAAAGACCACCUGGGUCCUAUUGCUUGCUCUGAGGAGAUGCUAUAA